AGAUAAAAAUAAGAGAGAAAAGGGUAGAACAAAGUUUGUUAAGAUCUUGAAUGGCAAAAUGGAGUGCCUUAGUGUUGAUAAUGAUGGUGGUGAUUGCUGCUACGGUCACAGUAGAAGCAAAGAAGCAAAAUGCUUGGAUUAAAUGUUUUCGCAAAUGUUCUAAACCUUGUAAGCCUAACGACGGUAAUUGUUAUGAACGUUGUAAAAUUAAAUGUGGUGGCCCCAACCCUCCUCAUGGUCCAGGAGGACCCCCUCCUCCAUCUAAACAGAACUUUAUAUGAAAUGGCAUCUGUGGAAGUUCGGGGAAGGAAGAAAUAAUUUUUUUUUA